AGGAAAGAAGAGUCAGGCGCCUGGUUAGAGCAGUUCCUCUUCCUCAGGGGCUUCCUCAUGAUCACAAGCAGAACCCAGUCCGCACAGGCCACAAGUUUUGUGUCUGUGUAUGUUUGGAAAAGAGGCUGAUCGUCUGAAAACUUGUGGCAACUGGAAGAUGCCAUGACCCCCCUUUUUACAGGUCUACUCUAUCUUGGACUGAGUCUGGACCUCAGGAACACAGUAUUGGCAGGGAACCUUGAGAAACCCACCUUGUGGGCUGAACCAAGCUCUGUGAUUGCCUCUGGCAAUAAUGUGACCAUCUGGUGUGAGGGGUCCAAGGAAACCCAAAUAUAUUUCCUGUAUAAAGAAGGAAGCUCAGCACCCUGGGACAGUCAAACUCCCAAAGAUCCUGGUAACAAGGCCUUGUUUUCCAUAGCAUCAAUGGAAAAACUUCAUGCAGGGCAAUAUCGCUGUUACUCUUACAAAUCUAGAUGGCGCAGUGACCCCCUGGAGCUGGUGGUGACAGGUGUCCACCAUGGCAAACCUACUCUGUCAGCUUUUCCCAGCCCUGUGGUGACCUCAGUUGGAAAUGUGACCCUUCAGUGUGUCUCAUCCAAAGGAUAUGAUGGGUUCAUUUUGACAGGGGAAGAUCUGAAGUUCUCCAGGUCCCAAAUGGCACAGUUAUUACACACUGGACAGUCCCAGGCUCUGUUUCCUGUGAUCUCCAUGGCAGCCAGCAAGAGUGGUCCUUUCAGAUGUUAUGGAUACUAUACAAAUACUCCACAUGUGUGGUCAGAGGCCAGUCACCCUUUGGAGCUACAUUUCUCAGGUGAGGAAUUCUCCUCAUUCACUCAACUGACAUCAGAAAUCCUUUGUCAUAAGCCAUUCUACCUCAAGAAGAGUUCAAAGCCAUAACUACUGAAGGGAACACAUGACUACUAAGGCCCAGAGUAUGAGAGGCCUUGGCACUUUCAGAGCAGGAGGAGAGAUGAAAUGUAUUACAAGAGCCACCUGGAUGACUUCCUUGAUGUUUCUUAAAUCUUAAGUAUAAUAUUGGUGUUUUAAAAGUAUCCAUUUUGGACAGGCAGUGGUAGCACAAGCCUUUAAUCACAGCACUUGGGAGGCAGAGACAGGUGGAUCUCUGAGUUCAAGGCC